UGUCUUCCUCUCUUGACUGCAAUAGUAGUUUCCAGACAGUAACUACCAGGCAGGGUUAAAAACGUUUGGGACUCCAAACCAACUCUACAACUCUACAGACAUUACGUUGGAAUGAAAGCGAUGAAGUCAUUGAUGGAUUGAUUUUUUUCUUUCUUUCUUUCUUUUUUUUUGUGGUAACUUUUAACCCCUGAAGAAUUUCGGUUUGAAAGGUCACCAUAGUAAAGUGAUUCUUUAUCAUCAGCCGGAAUGGAGCAGCACUGUACGCUGUGUGUAUUACUAUUCAUAGCCACACUGACACUAGGUCACUGCCAGAGUGGUGAUGGAGGGGACUGGGGAUCAGGCAGUAUGCCAGAGCUUUUGUUCACCUCUACCUCAACUCCUAUUCCAAACACAGUCUAUAAUGAUUCACCCAACCCUGAGAGCACAAACUGGACCAAGUCACUUUUUCAAGUCAUUCCAGACAGCAAAGCUGAUGGCUGCUCGGUCAAUUUCCACACCAGCCAGGCUAUGUCCAGGCGAUUACAAGUGGCCAAGGAGGAGAUGGCUUAUCUGAAAGCCCUCCAGCAUGGGAAUCAGGCAGUAAUGGAGAAUCUGAUCCAGUUUGUUGGAGCAGAAAUGGGGGAUCAGAGCUAUCAAGACAUUAUUCAAGAAAAUAUUGUUGCGAUCAAGGAGGAUCAUGCAAGCUGUGUGGGAGUGCUGAGAAAAGCAACAGAGGAGUUGGAGAACCAGCUAGAGGGAGCUGGCCUUGCUGGAAUUCAGAGAAUCACUGAAGACUCUUUGACCUUUGAAAGGAUGCUGCGUGUGACAACAGACAUCGCCAACCAACUGGAGACGUCCUCACGAACCCUUCACCUGCAGAUAACGGAGCAACUGAGAAAGGGCUUGAAGCUCAAAAGAACAUAAAUCUCACAAAAGAAAAACUGUCAUGUUUGUGGAACAUUACAACCUUAAAUCCAAGCAUCAAUAAGAUCAUUUAAAUAUUUAAGUGAAUUUUAAUAGAGUGAUAAUAAAAUAUCCAGAAGAUCACUUUAUUAUAUGCUAGGUUAAAAAGGUUCAUUGUUUUGCACAAGUUUAAAUGUUAAAACAAGUGUUGACAUCUAAUACAACUGUAUUUUAAUUCCAGACAGCUAGCUUUGUGUUAUGGCUUUCGUAGGUGCUAGGGUACAGAUGGAGAGUCUACAGCUUGGGCCCCUCAGUCAGUGUGGAUAUAUGUGUGCUGAGAGGAGAGAAAGAGAAAUGACAGUGAGGUCAUAGAAAAACAAAUGGAGCCUCAUCUGGCAGCCAAAGCAGCAAGGGUGCUUGUUAUCACCAUUGUUUAAUUCCUUUCUAUUAAUCAUAACAAAACACUGUGUAAAGUAUGAUUUAUGUUGACCAGCUGGAAAUGGGAUGUAUGAGUGCAUGGAUGCAGGAUUAAAGAGCUUGGAUGCUU